AUGUCUGACGAGGAACAGGAUCACUGCUUUGUUCCAGUGAGAAGAAUCGUCAACGAAAACGACCUCAAACUAUUUCAUGAAGGAAGAACGUACAAGCUGAUUGAUGACUUUAUAUCUGAACUGAACGAAAGCGUUCAAGGAUGUAGUAACUCAAAGCCCGUCCAGGAGACGGAAUCAAUUCAACACAUUCUUCGUAUACUUGAUCGCAUUGCCGAGAUUGAAAAGGAAAACCCUCCCAUCGAUAACUCCGGAUCCAGAUUCGGUAACCCUGCCUUUCGUUCUUUUUACGACGCAGUCGUUAAGGAAGCCACCGACUUCCACAAAGCAUUUGGUCUUCGUGAAAAUGCUGCUAGUGAGGCUGCUCGGUAUCUCAUUGAAAGCUGGGGCAAUCGUACUCGAAUUGACUAUGGUAGUGGCCACGAGCUUAAUUUCAUUUGUUGGCUUUUAUGUCUUCGACGCUUGGGGGUAUGGGACAAGGAGUCUAAUGAAGCCAUUGUCCUCCGAGUGUUUGUAAAGUACAUGAAACUAAUGCGUUUACUACAAGUCAAUUACUGGCAGGAGCCGGCUGGUUCGCAUGGAGUCUGGGGUUUGGAUGACUACCAUUUUCUGCCGUUUUUGUUUGGCUCGAAUCAACUCUCAACCCAUAAGUACAUGCGACCGAGACACAUUCGAGAUCCCGAUGUGCUAGAAAUGUACGGCGAUGAUUACUUGUAUCUUGGCUGUAUUCGCUUUAUCAAUGCUACCAAACCUGGCGCGUCCCUUCGUUGGCAUUCUCCCAUGCUGGACGAUAUUUCCGCAGUGAAAACGUGGAAAAAGGUAAACGAAGGCAUGAUAAAAAUGUACCGAGCUGAGGUCUUGGCUAAACUCCCAAUUAUGCAGCACUUUAUGUUUGGGUACCUGUUGCCUGCUGAGCCUGGCAUGACACCCGCACCGCAAGAUGGUUCCGAUGCGGACGAGAUGCACGUCCAUUCUACGUAUGGCGAUUGUUGUGGUAUCAAGGUUCCCAGCGCAAUCGCUGCAGCAGCAUCUCAGGGCCGGCGCCUUCCCUUUGACUAA